CAGGCAGCUAUAGCCUGGGCCGCAGGCGAAGACCUCUCCGUCGAAGACGUGCAAGUCGCUCCGCCAAGAGCCCACGAAGUGCGCAUCAAGAUCCUGCACACGGGGGUGUGCCAUACAGAUGCAUACACCCUGUCCGGAAAAGACCCCGAAGGCGCCUUCCCCGUCAUUCUCGGCCACGAAGGCGCUGGCAUCGUCGAGUCUGUAGGCGAAGGAGUCACCAGCGUGAGCGUUGGUGAUACUGUUGUUGCAUUAUACACCCCCGAAUGUCAAACCUGCAAAUUUUGCCUCUCAGGCAGAACCAACCUAUGCGGACGCAUCCGCGCCACCCAGGGCCAGGGCGUCAUGCCAGACGGGACGUCACGGUUCCGGGCCCGCGGCCGCGACAUCUUGCAUUUCAUGGGAACGUCCACGUUCGCGGAGUACACGGUUGUGGCCGACAUUUCGGUGGUAGCUGUUACGCCGAAGUGUCCGACGGACCGGGCGUGUCUGCUGGGCUGUGGGAUCACGACGGGGUACGGGGCUGCGACGGUUGUGGCUGAUAUCCGCGCGGGAUCCAACGUCGCUGUCUUCGGGGCGGGGUGUGUCGGGUUGUCGAUUGUGCAGGGGGCGGUGCGGAACAAGGCGGGGCGGAUUAUUGUCGUGGAUAUCAAUGCGGAUAAGGAGGAGUGGGCGAGGCGGUUUGGGGCGACACAUUUUUUGGACCCUGUGCGGGUGGUUGCUGAGUCCAAGAUGAGUAUUCAGGAUAAGUUGGUGGAGAUGACGGAUGGGGGGUGCGAUUUUACGUUUGAUUGCACGGGGAAUGUGGGUGUGAUGAGGGCGGCGCUGGAGGCGUGUCAUAAGGGGUGGGGGGAGAGUAUUGUUAUUGGGGUUGCUGCUGCUGGGCAGGAGAUCACUACCAGACCGUUCCAACUGGUGACAGGCCGCGUGUGGAGGGGAUGCGCGUUCGGCGGUGUCAAAGGCCGGUCUCAGCUACCGGACUUGGUGGAAGAUUAUCUGAAGGGAGAUCUCAAAGUGGACGAGUUCAUCACGCACCGAGAGAAGCUGGAGAGUAUCAAUGCUGCGUUUGCGCAUAUGAAGAAGGGGGAUUGUAUUCGGUGUGUGGUUGAUAUAACCUACUCAAUAAACACUUCCUACCAUGAACUAUAUCCCCGAGAAAAGAAUAGGGCACACAUAAUAACGUGGCAAUGUAUUGAGUCCGCAAACGGCCCGUCCCAGCACGGAAACCCUACCCGGACCACGGCCCGCUCGGAUAUCUAUCCCGGAAAGAAAAUGCCAUCCAUCCACCCCCUCCUCGACAACGGCCUCACCAAAGGUUCCCCCUCUUUCCCAGGAGGCAACCUCUACUGCAAAUGUCCCAGCGAAAAAGUCCAAGUCACCCUCUCCAGCAACGUCGCGCACAACCACGCCUGCGGAUGCUCCAAAUGCUGGAAACCAGCGGGGGCCCUCUUCUCCGUCGUGGGCGUCAUUCCCCGUGAGAACCUACGCGUCGCCGCAAACGCGCACAAGCUGCAAAUCGUCGACAAGGAGGCUGCCAUUCAGCGAUACGCCUGCAAGCAGUGCGGGGUGCAUAUGUUUGGGCGCAUCGAGAAGGAUCACCCUUUUAAGGGAUUAGACUUUGUGCAUGUUGAGCUUUCGGAUGAGAAGGGCUGGCAGGAGGUGCAGUUUGCGGGGUUUGUCUCGUCUAUUAUUGAGCAGGGGUUCCGGCCAGAGGGGAUGGACGCCGUGAGGGGGCGGUUUGCGGGGCUGGGUUUGCAGUCUUUUGAUACGCUUUCGCCGCCGUUGAUGGAUUUGAUUGCUGCUUUUACGGGGCAGAAGUUGGGAACUUUGCCUGCUAAGCUGUGA